AGCUGAUUGGAUCACCGUGGUCACCUGGUGUCUCGCAGCAUUUUAUUAGUGAUCAAAACAACUCUCGCUCUUAUUGGUGUGCCAGAAGCCAAGGUGGGCGGGGAUAGUAACAUAAAGGAAGUCACUGUUUACCUGAACAUCGACUCAAAAGACCAAACCAUACUCUUAUUGUGAAGUAGAACCGGAUUUACUGGGAUUUUAUAGCCUCCUUUUGGCUCCCUUUAUUCAGUCGUACUGACGGGACGCCGCAGUGUGCAAACUACAAAAGAAUCAAUAACAAACAACAAAAAUCAAUCAUAACAUUAUUUCCUCAGUCAAAAUCAGCUGUUGCAUCUGUGCCUGGCAGGACACACGCCGACUCUGCAGCUUGUUUUUGAAGACUCGAAAACAUUUUGACGGUCCCGUCAAAUGUCUUCUUGGUUGAUGGCGGUGUCUUUGCCGCUGCUUCCCGCCGUCCUGCUGGUGUUGGGUCGCCAUCGCGUCCGAGUGGCCAAGUUCUGCCGUGGCGCGUUGGACAGGAUGCGGCGGCUGCUGCGGGGACGCGCCUGCGCCAAGAGCACGCACGCCUUCGUCUUCUCCCGCUGCAUCCACGGCAACGCCGGCAGCGUUCUGGAGACCUUUGACCUCUACGCGGAGACGCACGCCUCCGCCUCAGUCGGCCCGCAGAUUGGGGAGGCCUUGGAUAAGGUGGUGCGGCGCGUCCGGCCCUCUCGGGUGCUGGAACUGGGGACGCACUGCGGCUACAGCUCAGUGCUCCUGCUGAGUCUGCUGCCCGCCGAUGGCAGGCUGCUCACGGUGGAGCAGGACCCCGCGGUGGCCGACCUCGGGGAGGAGAUCAUCCUGGUGGCGGGCUUCAAACAGUCUCAGUUCCAGGUGUUGACAGGCAGUUCAGGUAAGACCAUCCCAACACUGCGCCCUUUUAUGGAACCAGCUCCAGGGACCGGAAACAGCUUCAACCUGGUGCUCAUGGACCACGAUCCCCAGCAGUACCUUGUGGACCUGCUGGCUCUGGAGAGCGAGGGUCUGCUCUGCCUCUCAGGCUGCUCCAUAGUUCUGAUCAUCAGGAACCAGCGAGACAAAAGUCUGGAAGAACUGGUCAGCGCAAGACCAGAUUGCUACAGCAUCAAGUCGCAGGUUCCUGGGAUGGUAGAGCUCUUCUACCAGAAGAACCGCACAUGACGAUGCUUCCCUUAGGAAACCAUGUAAAAGGGAAUUCAAUUUUCUGCCUAAAAAUGGAGAGAAUUGCCUACAAACCCCAAAUUUCAAUCAAGUUGCCACAUUGUGUAAAAUAAAGACUUUACAAUCCUUCAACCUCC